AACCAUGUGGACAUUGUGAUAAAAGAAUUACUAUUCGUCUACCUUGUGGGCACGCAAGAGAAAUUUCAUGUUAUUUGUCACAAGCACCUAAUAAAUAUCGGUGUACGGAAAAAUGUUCUAAAAAACUAAAAUGUGGACAUCAG